GCCCCACCUCCCCGCAGCUGCGGCGCUGCGCACCCCGGUGCCUCGAGGCCCGAGCCGGGCAGGUGCAGCCGUCCCCGGUGCUUGAAGUGCCCCCGCCCGGUUUUCCGCUGCGAGUCUGUUGGGGGGUUGAGGAAGAUUAAGUGGCGUGUAUGUGCAGGUUUCCCCUGGUCUCCACUCCUCUCAGAGCCGAAGCCCUUCCUAAACACGUACCUCCGUUCCCUAGCCCGCAUCCUCUUCUGGGUACCCUUUGGAAGCCGAAUGCAAUAGCUCCAGACACUGUGCUGAAUUUUUUCUUUAAUAAUUAUUUUAUUAAAAAGGGACAGAGUGAGAGAGAGAGAAAGAAAGAAAGUGACAAAGCAAGCUGCCAGGUCGUGGACUUGAACCCCGGUCGCCCAUGUGGGAGUCCAGCGCCCUUAACCACUAGGCCACCUGCCGGCCCCCUUGUGCUGAAUCUUCAGAACAUCCCUCUGAGGAAUGAUGACAGCUCCUGCCCCUCAAAUCCACCCUCACCCCAGCAGUCUCAGUCUUCCCCUCCUUUCCCCCAGUACUCUAACUUUGAAAGUCUGGCCAGGAUCCAGCCAUGCUUCAAUGGACCCCAGGGGCAUCUUGAAGGCAUUUCCCAAACGGAAGAAAAUUCAUGCCAAUCCAUCAUCAAAAGCUCUUGCAAAGGUUCCCAAGAGGGAAAAGGAAGAAGACUCGGGAGGAUCUGCAUGUCCCCUCUCUGCAGAGUGGCUGAGCCCCCUGCGGGCUCAUGUUGUGCCCACUGGCAUCGGACGAACCCGGGCAGAACUCUUCGAAAAGCAAAUCGUCCAGCAUGGUGGCCAGAUAUGCCCCGCCCAAGCCCCAGGGGUCACUUACAUUGUGGCGGAUGAAGGCAUGGACUGUGAGCGGACCCUUCGCCUCCUGAAACUGCCCCGGCUGCCCCCGGGUGCCCAGCUGGUGAAGUCAGCCUGGCUGAGCUUGUGCCUGCAGGACAGAAGGCUGGUGGACACAGCCGGAUUCAGCAUCUUUGUCCCCAACAGGUACUUGGAUCAACCACAGCCCAGCAAGGCAGACCAAGGCUCUCCUGCUUCUGGUGCCCACGAGGCUCUGCCCAGAACAGCGCACACUCCUCCCUCUCCUCCUGCCAGGCCUGUCUCUCCUCCACGACAGGCAGAAGAGGCUCCGAGCACCCAAGCCCAGCCUGGCACUGAUGACGAAAGCAGUGAUGGGGAAGAGACCCAGGUUAGCGCAGCUGACCUGGAAGCUCUGAUCAGUGGCCACUACCCCACACCCCCUGAGGGAGAUGCUGAGCCCAAUCCGGUCCCUGAGGCCCUGGACAAGUGGGUCUGUGCGCAGCCCUCCAGCCAGAAGGCGACCAACCACAACGCCCACAUCACAGAGAAGCUGGAGGUGCUGGCCAAAGCCUACAGGGUCCAGGGAGACCAGUGGCGGGCCCUGGGCUAUGCCAAGGCCAUCAACGCCCUCAAGAGCUUCCACAAGCCUGUCACCUCCUACCAGGAGGCCUGCAGCAUUCCUGGGAUCGGGAAGCGCAUGGCCGAGAAGGUCCUGGAGAUCCUGGAGAGCGGGCACCUGCGGAAGCUGGACCACGUCAGCGACAGCGUGCCUGUCCUGGAGCUCUUCUCCAACAUCUGGGGAGCUGGGACCAAGACUGCCCGGAUGUGGUACUAUCAGGGCUUCCGAAGCCUGGAAGACAUCCGCACACAGGCCACCCUGACGACCCAGCAGGCCAUCGGCCUGAAGCACUACGAUGACUUCCUGGAUCGCAUGCCCAGGGAGGAGGCCGCAGAGAUCGAGCAGACGGUCCGGGAAGCAGCUCAGGCCCUCAACCCUGGGCUGCUGUGUGUGGCAUGUGGCUCAUACCGACGGGGGAAGGCGACCUGUGGUGACGUGGACGUGCUCGUCACUCACCCGGAUGGCCGGUCUCACCAGGGCGUCUUCCGUCUCCUUCUGGACAGCCUUCGGCAGCGAGGGUUCCUGACAGACGACCUGGUGAGCCACGAGGAGAACGGGCAGCAGCAGAAGUACCUGGGAGUGUGCCGGCUGCCCGGCCCGGGGCGGCGGCACCGACGCCUGGACAUCAUCGUGGUGCCCUACUGCGAGCUGGCCUGCGCCCUGCUCUACUUCACCGGCUCUGCCCACUUCAACCGCUCCAUGCGGGCUCUGGCCAAGACCAAGGGCAUGAGCCUGUCGGAGCACGCGCUCAGCACGGCCGUGAACCGGAACAGCCGCGGCGUCAAGCUGGGGCCUGGCCGAGCACUGCCCACCCCAACGGAGAAGGACGUCUUCAGCCUCUUAGGCCUUCCCUACCGAGAACCGGCCGAGCGGGACUGGUGACCCAGGGCUGCGGGGCUGGC